ACCAUGACUUCUGUUUGAUUUGGAUCAACAACACCGAUAGAAUUAAGGGUGAGUCCUAGAUAUUCCCGAAGAAUCAGCGAGUACUGGUUCCAAAUCUCGGAGUGUUUAGCUCCACACCAAGUUGACAAUUGCCAUUUCAGUUCUUAAUCCGUCCUACCAUGACUUCUCUUUCUGCCCUAAAUAUCUCUCUGCAAUAUCCUCCUGCUCGCAGAGACGACACCGUCCUUGAAGAUUACCAUGGCGUCAAAAUUGCCGAUCCUUACCGAUGGCUCGAAGACCCUGAUGCGGAAGAAGUGAAAGAGUUCGUACAGGAACAGGUUAAACUGACGGAUUCGGUUCUUCAAAAAUGCGAAACGAGAGACAAGCUUAGGGAAGCGAUAACGAAGCUUUUUGACCAUCCUCGUUACCACGCGCCGUUUAGACGAGCGGAUAAGUACUUCUACUUUCACAACACUGGGCUUCAGGCACAAGAUAUCCUUUAUGUGCAGGAGAGUUUGGAGGGUGAGGCAGAGGUGUUACUCGAUCCCAAUGGCUUCAGUGAAGACGGAACUAUGGCGCUGAGUACUCUGUCAGUAAGUUACUUGAGUGAUGUAAAGUAUGUUCUGCAAGUUAGAGACUUAAAAACAGAACCAACUACUUGGAUUGAUGUCGUCCAAGAGUCAGAAAAAGAUGUACUUGAGUCAGCAUGUGCUGUAAACGGCAACCAACUGAUAGUGAGUUACUUGAGUGAUGUAAAGUAUGUUCUGCAAGUUAGAGACUUAAAAACAGGUUCCUUUCUGCACCAAUUACCAAUUGACAUUGGCUCAGUUUCUGAAGUUUCCGGGCGGCGUGAAGAUAGUGUGGUUUUCAUUAGCUUUACAAGUUUUUUAACACCUGGUAUCAUCUACCAGUGUAACUUGGGAACAGAGAUUCCUGAUAUGAGAAUAUUUCGUGAAAUUGUUGUCCCAGGGUUUGAUCGAUCUGAAUUUCAUGUUAAACAGGAUUUCGUGAGUAGUAAAGAUGCUACCAAAAUCCCAGUGUUCAUUGUUGCGAAAAGGGAUAUUAAUUUGGAUGGUUCACAUCCAUGUUUAUUAUACGGAUAUGGUGGUUUUAACAUCAGCAUUACACCAUAUUUCAGUGUCAGUCGCAUUGUAAUCACAAGACAUUUAGGUGUUGUUUUCUGCAUAGCAAAUAUUCGUGGUGGUGGAGAAUAUGGGGAGGAAUGGCACAAAGCAGGCUCGCUUGCAAGGAAGCAGAAUUGCUUUGAUGACUUUAUUUCCGCAGCAGAAUACCUUGUAUCUACGGGUUAUACUCAACCCAAAAAGUUAUGUAUUGAAGGUGGAAGCAAUGGUGGACUUCUUGUUGGUGCUUGUAUAAAUCAGAGACCCGAUUUAUUUGGUUGCGCUCUAGCUCAUGUUGGUGUUAUGGACAUGCUACGGUUCCACAAAUUUACCAUAGGUCAUGCGUGGACCUCAGAUUAUGGUUGUUCAGAAAAGGAAGAAGAGUUUCAUUGGCUAAUCAAGUAAGUUUUAUCCUAUCUUAAAAUAUCAGCUAUGUAUGAAAACAUGAAAUCACCAAAAUUUAGUUUGUUUAUUUUUUGUGGCAAAUUUUUUGAAAUCACAUACAUCUCAUGAUAACGUAGUGUACUGAUGGAGAUGGUGGUGGAAGUGUGGCGUUAGUGGGGUUACAUUUAGACAAUUUAAAAGGGCUGAUGAUAGGUUGUUGAAAUGUGGCAUUUCAGAAAUACUUAUUUGAUGGGCAUGGAUAAAUUAAUCAUAAUUUAGGUGCACACCACCUGACCCCACCACUUUUCUUAUUGACAAACCCUAUGUUGGACUAGUAUCAUACUAUCACUAGUUCUGUAAUUUCAAAUAUUUUUUAUUAUAUAACUUCAGAUCCAAUUGAUCGAUCUUUUCUUCCUUAGAAGUCAUAAACUACACAUAGACCACAUCACACGCACCUCCUGUUUUGAAAAGCUAGUUAUGAUUUACUGAAGAGAUAGUGGCAUUACAUUAGAUUUAGAUCUAUGACAUACUUUCAUAUAGGAUGACGUUGUUUCCUCGUGCCUUUGUCAUUAGAUAGGU